AUGGUCACAUGGUUCACACAGAUAGUGAUGGUUAUAGUCACCGUGGUUACAUGGUUCACACAGAUAGUGAUGGUUAUAGUAACCGUGGUUACAUGGUUCACACAGAUAAUGAUGGUUAUAGUAACUAUGGUUCACACAGAUAGUGAUGGUUAUAGUCGCCAUGGUUACAUGGUUCACACAGAUAGUGAUGGUUAUAGUCACCAUGGUUACAAGGUUCACACAGAUAGUGAUGAUUAUAGUAACCAUGGUUACAUGGUUCACACAGAUAGUGAUGGUUAUAGUCACCAUGGUUACAUGGUUCACACAGAUAGUGAUGGUUAUAGUCACCAUGGUUACAAGGUUCACACAGAUAGUGAUGGUUAUAGUCACAUUGGUUACAUGGUUCACACACAUAGUGAUGGUUAUAGUAACCGUGGUUACAUGGUUCACACAGAUAGUGAUGGUUAUAGUCACCAUGGUUACAUGGUUCACACAGAUAGUGAUGGUUAUAAUCACCAUGGUUACAUGGUUCACACAGAUAAUGAUGGUUAG